AUGGCGGCGAGCCUUGAUUCCGUGAAUCUUCUAGCAGAAGCAGCAUAUGGCUGUGAACAUCUUGCCGCCGUGCUGAAGGAUAAUCAAACUGCUGGCCAGUUCAGAAAUGGCUUCCGAAAACACCAUGAUAGACUGGCUCCGCUCACGAAGCCUGAGGCGGUUGCUAUUCAGACUAGCGGUCUACGCACGGUGGCGUCGUUGAAGCCCAAGUACCACUGUCUGUUCUGCUCCGAGAUCUGCUUGAACGGCGAUCGGAAGGCACACACAAAGAAGACUGGACACGUAUUUUACAUGGAGUCGCGUAAUCGCUUCGUGUUUUGCGAGAGUUGUGGGGACUUUGUCUAUGACCAUGGACUGGAAAGACUGGGUGGCCCAUCUUCCAAGUACGGGAUCGAAGAUGGCAAGGGAAAGUGGGCCGAGGACUCGGCCUCCGAAGCCUAUGUCAAGACAAAUGCUACCAAGAAUCCAUGCUCCCGCCGAGGUGCCCGUGGCGUGUGGAACAUGGGUCAGACUUGUUACCAGGCAGUCAUCCUCCAGGCUCUGCUUCACGACCCAACUCUCAACGCGUAUUUCCUAGCUGGGGGCCAUGACAUUCACAACUGCAAGAGGAGUUUCUGCAUGGCCUGUGCUGCCACCGAAGUGUUCAUGGACUUUAACAGCGGUGAGAAGACGGACGCGGUCUCCGCCGCUACUCUCCUUUACCAUGGGUGGGAUGCGUCAAGAGAAAUGGCAGGAUAUCGCCAGCAGGAUGCACACGAAUAUUUCCAAUUCCUGGUCAACGCGCUUCAUUCUUGCACCCCUGGACACUCGGAGAGCUACGAGAGCAAAUGCGAGUGCUUCUUCCAUCAGACCUUCUAUGGUGAACUGCGCAGCAGCGUCAUGUGCCACAAAUGCGGCAAAACCACCCACACCCACGACCCCAUGGCCGAUCUGAGUCUCGACGUACAAGCGCAGAACAAGAAGCGCAAGUUGGGCCGAUCGAACCCAUCAUCCACCGUCACAUUGACUGCCUGCCUGGACAGCUUCACCGCGGUUGAGGACUUACAUGCAGAUGCUGCCUAUCACUGUGAGAAGUGCGGCAACACCCCCCAGCGGGCAUCCAAGCGUUUGCAGAUUCGCAGACUUCCUGCCAUUCUCUGCAUGCAACUGAAGCGCUAUGAGGCCACCUCGGCAUCAUCGGAGAAGAUGAACUGCCACAUCGACUUCCCCGUUACCCUCAACAUGCUCCCUUACACCGUGAAAAAGGACAAAGAGCGUGUCGACACAUCCAAGUACAUCUACGAUCUAUCCACCGUCAUCGUUCACCAGGGAACUAUGGAUUCCGGUCACUAUUUCGCCUACACUCGCCUUGGUGGUGAUAAGUGGGUUCUGAUGGACGACAACAAAGUCACCGUCGCCAGUGUCGCCGAUGUCAUGCGGCAGGAUGCAUACCUUUUGUUUUACAGUAUUCGUUCCAUUGCUGCGGAGAAGGCCUCGUCUUAA